AUGCCUAGGGUUGGUAGGGAAGGCAACGGGACGGGCUCCCCCUGCCCCAUUGGGCAUUUUCCCUUUCCUAUACAUUCCAUCACCCGUUUACGGUGGGGCGGGGUGACAGAGCCGGUCCUGUGUUUGAUGAGCCCUGAUGCGAACGAUGAAAAUACCCCCCGACGACAAAAUUUAAAGUGGAUAUUCUGGGUAGGACCCUUCAUUGGUGCAGCCAUGGCAGCCUUGUACCACCAGUGUAUUUUGAGAGCUAAAGCCUUUCGUUCAUAUAGAAGCAGCUCCCGAUCGAGUAAUCGUACUGUGGGUGUCUUUGUUCAUGGAGACGUAGAAAUAGUUAUUCAAGAUUCAUUACGUGUUAACUGGCUAUUAUGGCCAUGUGGGCGACUUCGGGUCUGA